CAAUGCUACCGGUUUGAAUAUUGGUUUCUGUAAUUUAACUACCAAUGAGCGUAUUAGUUUAGAAUCGAAUUGUCUUACAAUGAUUUUUGCUACUAAGGGUGCUUUCACUAUAGAUAUUAGAAAUGGAACCGCUUGGUUUUCUUCAAAACCCAUUUAUUUAUUAGAUGCAAAUAAUGAUGUGCGUAGCGGUAAACAUUCAGUGUUAGCUAGCAAUUCUAGUAUUGAUAUUGUUAUACAACGUUCUGGAGAGGUGUUACAUUUUGUAUUACUGUACACAAUUGAAAAAGAACGAAGGGUACUUAAAUUAUGCACGAAAUAUGUCAUUACUAAUUUUUCUAAACAUGAGCUUUAUGUACUCUCAUUCGCAAUGGAUCACAAAGAAAGUUCAACUAGAGAAUGUGUGAGGACACUAGAUAUGGACGCCAAGAAACUACAUUUGAAAACAGUGAUGUCUGCUACUAAUUGCAUUGGUCUGAACAUCGAUUCAUUUUAUGAUUUGAACGUAAAGAAGUCUAAGCGCACUAACGAUACUGCAUUUGUUUAUUUUGUUUGCAUUAAAUUUUCUAAUGAUUCUGAAAUUUCAAUACCCAUUCCACUAUCGAUGCCCUUUACGCGUCGUUGCCUUAGCAUACAAAAUGAAAGCGAUUCAUUGCCAUUUGUAGUGACUUUGAUUGAAAAAAAUGGCAUACAUUAUCUAAAUGUGUUUGAUGACAUAUCACCUUCGAUAUUAUUUAACAAUCAGACAGAUAUUGUUUUUGUAGUUGCACAAACUAAAGCUUCGGAAAACAGCAAAGUCUCCAGUACUGUGUCAGAAUAUCAUGGGCGCCAUUUUGAUUGGUUUCAACUUUUGCCAGCGCACAGUAACUGUUUCUAUACACCACCGGAAAUGUAUAUAAAUUUUCCAGAUAUUGAGUCUUCCGUAUGUAAUUUAACAAUUGCACUUUAUGAUGAUCAAAUAAAGAAAAAUAAAAUAUGUUGGUCAAAACCAAUAAGCACUGAUAAAUCUUGGGAAAAGUUUCUGCAUAUUCCAAACCAUGGCGAUGUAAAAAUUAUAAUCUGUGAUAAACAUAGAGUGAUACGUUUUUCAAUUUAUUAUAUAACAGAGCAAACGGAAUUCUCUGUUAAAGAUCUACGCUCAAGACUGCUCACAUCUCAUCCACCAAUCGAUGCUGAAACUACAAAACAUUCCAAUUUGAUGUUAGACUAUAAAAACUCUAGUGCCAGUUCUGGAUUAUCCAUAAUACAUCAAAAGUGUUCCCAUUUUAGUGAAGAACAUCAGCAAAAAAUGACAACGAACGUUAAAAUUUUCAUAAAGGAAGUAAAUUUCUGUCUUAACACAGACUCCAAAGAUCGUGAUUAUGUGAAACGUGAGAUAUUCGCUUUGUACGGCGAUGACUUUCUACUCUCGUACGAGGAUGAAAGUGAUAAACGUCAACUAAACAUUGCAUUUACAAAUUUACAGAUUGAUAAUCAACUAUAUACUUCUGGAAAGUAUGACUUCCCUGUAGUGCUAUGUGCACAAGACUUAUACAAACGUACCAACUCUAUGCCACAAGUGCAUGACUUGGAUCAAACCUAUAAGAAUCUUGAAAGUCGUUCGUUUAUGGCACUUUUCGUCUUAAAUUUUUACAACGACGAAUUUAAAUUAUGUUCGAUUAAAUGUAGUUUUAGUCCAAUACGAACUUAUAUCGAAGACGCUUACUUGAAUGAUUUGUUGGAUGCUAUGGUAGAAUGUGAACCUUCAAAUUGUGUUUUUGUGCUAACAGCAGAGGAACUUCCUAUUACAUUACAAGCCGGCGAAAAUUUACUGCCACGUGACGUUGCUGCGCAAGCGAUUUGCAUAUCAGAACCUUUACAGUUGCGCUCAUUUCGUAUUGAGCCAUUAAGUGUGCUAUUGUCAGUACACACAUCUGUGCGUUUAUAUAUAGCAUUGGAUCAUUCACCGCUUUCGUUUGGUACAUAUGAACGUGAACAUAUUAUUACUGCGCCAUUACGUUUCGGACAGUCGUUAGGUAUGCAUUAUUUAUCGGGCGCUAUAUUCGGUGCUGGUUGGGUUGUGGGUUCACUGGAAAUACUAGGUAGUCCAAGUGGCUUAGCGCGUUCGUUUACAACUGGUUUGCGUGAUUUUGUAUCAAUGCCGGUGCAAGGUCUGUUUCGUGGUCCGUGGGGUUUUAUUGUAGGCAUAACACAGGGUUCUGCAUCUCUAUUACGCAAUGUAACUGCUGGUACGGUCAAUUCAGUCACAAAAUUAGCAGCUUCAGUAGCGCGUAACUUAGAUAGACUUACCUUGGAUACCGAACAUUUAGAACGCACAGAAGCAUUACGUCGUACACGACCACAGGGCUUUACUGAGGGCUUUACACAGGGUAUAACUGGCUUUGGUAUAAGUUUACUUGGUGCGGUUGGUGGCAUAGCGAGGCAUACACUUGAAGCUCGUUCACCGGUCGAAGUUGUGACAGGUGUUGGCAAAGGUAUUGUUGGCGCUUUUACAAAACCAAUAAGUGGCGCUGCUGAAUUGGUGGCACUUACCGGGCAGGGUAUGUUGCAAUCUGUGGGCUUCAAUGCAAUGCCACAACAGCGUAUGUCGUCAUUAUACUACAAUAAAGAGAGUAUUCCGUCUGCAUAUCGAAUUUGGAAAUUACUACCAGGAGUGUUAAGCACUGAUCAAAUAUUGGCCUAUCAUGAAGUUACACUUCUCGUUCCGUUAAAAACACAGCGUGCUUAUAUAUUUUUAACCUCGGCUGUGUUUGCUGCUUUGGAUGCACAAUGGGAUAAAUUACUGUUUGCAUGUCCUGUAGAUAAAGUUGAAAUAUUAGCAGAUCGUAAUGAUAAGACAUUAGUUUAUGUACGUGUAGCGAGAGAAAAAGAAGAUAUCGAAGAGGAUAUGGACUAUACUAAUCAACGCAUUAUGAGUUUUUUGCAUUCAUCAUUCAUUAGUCGGGAGCGUACUAUUACUGCAGAUUCACUUGAUGACAUGCUACAAUCGCAAGAUGGUAGCGAAGAGGCUACCAGAAAUCUGGAGUGUGCAUUUUAUAUAAACGAGAAUAUUGGAGAACAUUUAAUACAGUACUUGAAAAUUAUGCACAGAAAGUUGUAAAAUAUCUUUUCAUAUUUUUUUAAAAUAAUCGGUGUUUAGUUUAGGGUUAAGAGCAGACAACGUAAAUUGUAAUUGUAUGAAAAAGCCAAUAAUGUAUUAGUAUAUUUUAGUUUAACAUAUAUAUGUAUAUA